AAUAUCAUCAAUAAUAAAGCACUCGAAUUAAUCAUUAAUGUUUUAAACGAAUAUCUGAAUCUGAAAGUUUUAAGCAUUUCUGGUAUUAGUAAUAACUUACUUUUCAAGCAUCCUAAUAUGCUCAUUAAUGAGACACUGAUUGAUCCAGAUCUUGAUUCCAGCAUAGCGAUUGAUCUUAAUUUUAUGAAUAUGAGACGAAGAAUUAAAAGAAUUGAAAAAUUGCAAAAAGAAAUAACUGAAGAGUAUUCGAAGCAAAAUCCUAAGAGAAAAGCAGAUGAAGAAGAUAUUGAUGUUCAUGAAAAUAAAAGAAGAAGGCAAUAUUAA